CCCGCCCCCCCACCCCGCGCCGGUUGGGCUGGGGCCGGGGCUCCCUGCCGUCCCCAUGAGCGCGUUUUAAGGUACGUGCUGCCACCGUUGCUCUUUGCCCUGAGGGGUUUGGGGAUUUUUUUUUUUUUUGAGGUGGGGGACUCUCUUCCCUUUUUUUUUUUUUAAAGUCUAUUUUUCUACUCUUUGCUAUAAAAUCAUGGUGCUGGGGAAAGUAAAGAGUUUGACGAUAAGCUUUGACUGUCUGAACGACAGCAAUGUCCCCGUCUAUUCCAGCGGGGACACAGUCUCAGGAAGGGUCAGUUUAGAAGUCACUGGGGAAAUUAGGGUGAAAUCGCUUAAAAUCCAUGCCAGGGGACAUGCGAAAGUGCGUUGGACAGAAUCGAGAAAUGCUGGAUCCAACACUGCCUAUACACAGAACUACACUGAAGAAGUAGAGUAUUUCACCCAUAAGGACGUCCUGGUCGGCCACGAGAGAGAUGAUGACAAUUCAGAAGAAGGCCUUCACACCAUCCAUUCGGGAAGGCACGAAUAUGCAUUCAGCUUUGAGCUUCCACAGACACCACUUGCUACCUCAUUCGAAGGCAGACAUGGCAGUGUGCGCUAUUGGGUGAAAGCCGAAUUGCAUAGGCCUUGGUUUCUACCAGUAAAAUUAAAGAAGGAAUUUACAGUCUUUGAACAUAUAGAUAUCAACACUCCUUCAUUACUGUCACCCCAAGCAGGCACAAAAGAAAAGACUCUCUGUUGUUGGUUUUGUACCUCAGGCCCCAUAUCCUUAAGUGCCAAAAUUGAAAGGAAGGGCUACACCCCAGGUGAAUCAAUUCAGAUCUUUGCUGAGAUUGAGAACUGCUCUUCCCGUGUGGUGGUGCCAAAGGCAGCCAUUUACCAAACACAGGCAUUUUAUGCCAAAGGGAAAAUGAAGGAAGUCAAACAGCUUGUUGCCAACCUGCGUGGGGAAUCCUUGUCAUCUGGCAAAACAGAAACCUGGAAUGGCAAACAGUUGAAAAUUCCACCUGUUUCCCCUUCGAUCCUCGACUGUAGUAUAAUCCGUGUGGAGUAUUCACUGAUGGUAUACGUUGAUAUUCCAGGCGCCAUGGAUUUAUUCCUUAACUUGCCGCUGGUCAUUGGUACCAUUCCUCUACACCCAUUUGGUAGCAGAACAUCAAGUGUGAGCAGCCAGUGUAGCAUGAACAUGAAUUGGCUUGGUCUGACAUUGCCUGAAAGACCAGAAGCACCUCCUAGCUAUGCAGAAGUGGUCACGGAGGAACAAAGACAGUCCAGCCUUGCACCCAUAGGUGCUUGUGAUGACUUUGAGAGAGCACUUCCAGGACCAUUGUUUGCAUAUAUCCAGGAGUUCCGUUUUCUGCCUCCACCACUCUAUUCGGAAAUUGAUCCAAACCCAGAUCAGCCCACAGAUGACAGACCAUCUUGCCCCUCUCGUUGAAGGAAUCCGUAAAAAGCUGACUUGACUCGGGUUUUGAAUCAUACUUGCCAUGUUGAAGGUCAAGGCAUCAUAGUGGAGACACACUUUCAAAGAAGUGGUUUUGCUCUUGCCUGUAUGGUGAAUAAGUGAAAACAACCUGUGAUCAUGCUCUGAAGCCUACAGUAUCACUGUAGGACUGCUCCACAUGCUUGAAGACCUGAGCUUUCCCACCUCCUCCCCACCCCCCCCUUAAAUACUGGCACAUACUAGGAGCAGCCUUACUAACCUACAGUCAUGUGUGUCAAAACACUCAAACCACAUUGUAAGAGGGAUGGUUUCCUCUUAAUGGUUUGGAAAUUUGCACAUGCUCAUUGCUUAUGUUGUGCGGUUCAGUGUCACUACAGCUUUUUCUCAUUUAUGCCGGACUGUUGUUACCCCCCUUCUUGUUUGUGGUCCGCACAAUAAGGAGCAAAAGAAAGCUUUGGCAAAAAAACAACAGCAACAGACUUUGACAAAUGCACUGACUUUUCUUUUUUUAAUUUAAUGUAGCCUGGACUUUACCUGCAUAUGCACAUGCUCAGAAUUGUCCUAGUAGGCUGAUCAUGUAUCACCUCUUCAGCUUGGAUCCUAUUGUGGAUUUAUUUACAAACAUCAAAUGCCUUCAAGCCAAUUCUUCUUGCUGUAUGUUUUGCAGCCUACUGUAGUAGAUACGCAACAGAUGUGGGGAUAGGGUGGGGGGUGGAGAGCUGAUAGAAACUAAUAGACUUCAUCAAGAUUGUAUAUCUUCCUGAUUUCUUUUGAGAAUUUGUUGCCUUUCUACUAUUACCACAAAAGCAGCAUUUUGUUACAGACUGCCUAAAAAUCACUUAAUCUCAGGUGAACUCAUCACUUGCCAAACUGUUGGAAUGCUAUUUGUUUUGUUAUGUUGCACUGUUGAGUUACUUCUUCGUUUUGUGUUUGUGUUUUGUUUUUGUUCUUUAUUCGAGAGGGGGAUCUGGAAUAGGGACAUACACAAAAGUUACAAAACCCACCCGCAUUCCCAUUUCUCUUUCUACAUUACAAAAAAAGAUGUUCAAGUUGUGAAGCUUUAAAAAAAAAAAAGGCACAAAUGAAAGCAGCACCAGCAGCCACCAGCUCAUCCUGAAAAGAAUUUUAAAAGGAAAUAGUCAUACACUGUCUAGGAUUCAUAGACAGAGUGAUUUCUCAAGUAGUAGGGAUGGGAAGGGAAAGUAAAUUUAUUUUUAUAUAUAGUUACCUAAUCACCAAAAAUUCUAUAUGUAAUGAGUCUCUAGUAGAAAGUAUAUUUCAAACUGCAGGAGAAGCUUGGACUAUGCGAAGAGCUCAGUUUGUGCACUUUGUAUUAUCUUCAGGGUUUAUGAUACUGUAAACAUAGUAAGACUAGAAGUAUAAUUAAACUGGGCAAGAUCAGUGUUACCAGCCAUACUCAGCUAGAAUUGCUUUGAUGAUUGCAUCUUCUGUGGUACUCUCAAGAGCUUUAAAACAAACAGAACAGUGAAUUUUACUACAUUUUCAUUCAGAAUGCAAGAAAUGCCAUGGAAAGAGCACUCACCCUUGAGUGUGCCCUAACGAAGAAAAGAGUGCAAUGGAGCUAUUAGAUGUGUUAACACAAAUAACAGCACUUACAUGCUAGAGAUUUACAACAAAAGUCAACUUUCCUUUUCAGAAACCGUGUAACACAGACCAUUGACAAAGGGACACGCUUCUGGUGUUGACGACUUAAAUCAAGAUGUAAUCCAUCAAGUAUCUAUCUCCUUGUGCAAUAAAAGAGCUCAGAAGGGAGCGGGAGAGGGGAGGCUGGUGUUUCUGCAUGGUGCUCGUUCUUAUGAACAUCUGCCUUGCUUUUAAGGCUUCAUAAAUGCGACAAAGUAGGCUUUUCCAUAAGUGGCCUUUAUGAGAACAUGAACAAUAAUUCAUGUUUCAAAAAUGACAACAGGGUGAUAAAAUAUAAAUGAGUCACGUUUUAAGUGAUUCAGUUAAAAGGCUUGGGCUUUGAGCAAGAAUAUUGGACGAGAAGGAAAUUGGGUGAUGUCUUAUGUUAUUAGGCCAAUUUUGUGAAUGUCCCUUCCCUCUACCCUCUCCAACCAGACAAUUUUAAAAGCUGAUGGGAUCGUUGGCAUAAAAGGGCAUUUGGUGGUUUUACUUUUUUUUCCUUUUUUGUUACUUUAACAGACUAGGGAACAAUUGCUGAUAUACAUAGCAUUAAAGUACUUACCACAGUAUAAUGGAAAACUGCAUAUGAAGCAGGAUUGACCAAUAUCGUAGUAGUUGACAUGGCAUCACAGCCUUUGUGAUUAGAGUGAAAAAUUCUGUAACUUUUAUCAAAUAAAGACUUUAUGUUUAAAUUACGUUGGUAGUUGUUCAGAGGCAUUACUCUUCCACAAGUAUUGGUCAAUUCUCAGCAUUACAAAACAUGAGGUUCACAGCUGUAGCCCAGUAUUUGGUAUAGAAUUCUGAUCUGAAUUAGGAAAAAGUAAGUAAAAUCCAAACAUUAGAGAAACAAAGUGCAAUAUUAAAUGUUUGCUUUAUAGAUUA